CUGAAACUUCCCCAGCUCGACGCGUAUGCAGUGCUAGCGGACGCGUAAGCGCCCAAGCCCUAUAUAAGCACCCCCGAACGCUUGGCGGACACAUUCUUUUUGCUUCUUGUCUCUUCCCGCCACCAUGUCUUCCUCCCACAACAUAUCCUCCGAGACCGUCGACCGCGAUCAGCAGCUGCUCUCCAUCGGAAAGCAAUGCCAUCUCGAUACCUGCCACCUCGUCGACUUCCUGCCGUUCAAGUGUCAGCACUGCAGCGAGGCGUUUUGCCAGGAGCACUUCCUCCCAGCCUCGCAUACGUGCCCGAAGUACGAUGAGACGAAGCACAACCGCGUUGCUCCUAGCUGUCCCUUGUGCAAUGUUCCCGUCGCAAUUAAGCCUGGCCAGGACCCGAACGAGCGCAUGGAGCAGCACUUUAUGCGCGAGUGCAGCGUUAUGACCGGCAGGGCACCGAAGAAGUCCGGUCCUGUCUGCGAGAAAGCGCGUUGCGGGAAGGCUUUGGUGGCACCUAUACGAUGCGAUAAAUGUCGCAAGCAGUUCUGUGCUGCCCAUCGCUUCCCCUCCGAUCACACAUGCACGCCUGCUGCCCCCACUACCUCCGCACGCCUAGGCGCCAAGUCGAACCAGAUCAGGGAUGCUGCCCGUGACGCCCUCAGGAAGAACGCGAGCCCCGCCGCCUCCAAGUCCACUACUGCAUUUUCCAAAGCUUCCGCACCGUCCGAGAGCACCAAGAAGGUGGACCUCUCGAAGCUGAAGCUGCAGAACCCCGUCGCGUCAGUCAAAGUUGACCGCUCGCCUACCCCUCCCUCGCCCUUGCCUACGUCGUGCGCUGUGCAAUCUGCCAAUGCUACGAACACGACGAAACGCAACCCUUACGCCCCGCCACCGUUAUUCGCCUACUAAUCACGCCUAUUGUAUCAUAUGUCACCGGAAUCAUCUCACCACCCACCAUUGUAUCCGUACCCCCCAAUGUAUUCUACAUCUACGUACAUCCUAUCCCUUAAUAUCAUACACCACUCGCCUACCUGCAGACGCGCUCGUGCCGAGCGCAUCAGCAAGGUCAAAGCCAUGAAGGCGCGGCAGGCGAAGGGGCUGCUUUCCGAAGAGGAGAAACUCAUCCUGGCCGCCGAGGAGGCGCAGCUUUCCAGCGAGAAGUCGGGCGACUGCUGUAUCAUGUAGAGCGCUCUCUCUUCUACGUAAACCCUUGGCUGUUAACUAAUAAGGAUGGUUUGUCGUCCCUUCAAGGACAUUGUCAGAGCAUGAGAGGAACUCCGCGAGGUCGAAUCCGA